AUGGAAACAACUCAUGAUCCUGAGUAUCAACGGGUAGAUACAACCCCCACGCGGUCCACCAAGAAUUCUGGAGAAUCAUGGACCGCUGCGUUAAAGCAACAGCCGGCUCCUGCUACUACUUCCAAGAAGAAGAAAAGACACAACCACCGAGGUGGUAAAAAGAAGCGAUCGCGGGGUCAAACCUUCCCUGCUGAGACAGAGAACAGCAGUAGUAACCUGGAAAUUCCAAAGUCUGCUCUAGUAGACAAUGUUCAGAAUGCUGUCAGGGAGAGUUUUUUUCGAGUCCAAGGAAUCACCCGAAGGAGUACCAGUGCCGAGAUCGAAGGACUUAUAGAUCAUAGAGAUCAAUCGAGCUUUAGGCCGAGAAGAGCGUCUGCUAUGGGACAAAGUGCUUUUGGCGUUCCACUUUACGAAAACUCUACUUCAUAUCGAAUGCAGCAAAAUGCCUUCGGUACUAUUGGUAGCGGCAAUAACAGUUCACAUGAAGAUGAAAGAAUACCUCUCGUCAGCACGAGAAAUGCAGCCGCUAUGGGAUACGGUAUGUAUGGAAUGGAACAACCAGCCAGGAGUAGAAAAAACUCGCAUCUUAGGCACUCGAGCCAUUCUUCAACCAAUAGUAAGCGACGGCCAACUAUAGAUAAAUCUAGUCCAGUACUUGAACCACAUCUAGAGGAAUACAACGUGAAUUAUCCGCCUUCAAUUCCAGACAGUCCAACUCAGAAGCCCAACCAAACAAUCACUUUUAGCGAUAUUCUGGUAAGAGAUGAAAUUGGGCCUACACGGGCCUCACCCGGUAAUAUUUUGGAUGAAAUUAGUGAUCAUGCUAUAAUUGAUGACCUUAUCGAAGAUUCGCCACGCCGGGGCAUGGGAUACGAACAUCGGAAAAAUAACCCUCUCCAUGCUGAUGAGGACGCAUGCUUUUCUGUCGAAGGGAUGUCUGACAUGGGAGAAGAGUAUAUGCGUCGAGAAAAUGAUAUACUUAGACGUUCUAAUGGUGCCCGGAGAAGACGAGGAAAGUGGCCCGACCUAUCCGCACUCGAGGAGUGGAGCAGGUUAGAGAAAGAGGGAAAAAAUGAAGAACGACGAGUCAAGAAAAUCACUGAACCACAACUGAUCGGCGGAAGAUUACGCCCUAUCCACAGGAGUUGGCAUCGUGCAGAAGAUGAUGCCCCAUACCGUUUUACUUACUUUAAUGAACAAUUGCAGAGUACAAUACACAGUCAAACAAUCUCCGAGUUACUUCAGCCAGGAGGCGUUUUUCGCGAGUUAUUUAAUCCAGAUCCGCCUGAAUUGAGUGAUAGUUCGGAAUCUGGAAGUGAUUUUGAAGUAUCUAGAAAUAACAGCGUAACAUGUGACUAUAGUGGGCUACAGGAUGAGUUGGGAGUAUCUCCGCUGACAUCAGUUCUACCACCCCCCGCACAGCCUGAUCAAAAGUCACAUUCCUGGUUAAAAGAAACCCUGAAUGGAACAGAUUGGGCACGAAAUUACAAAGAAAACUCGGGUACCUCUAGUCCCGCUGGUACGAAGGUGCCAUUAGAACCAAUCAAAGAAAAUUCCCCGAAACCAAAAUCAGAAAAACCAAAGAGAUAUGGGAAUAGACCAACAUGGUGGCUAGAUGUGCUUUCGCCAACUGAUGCCGAAAUGAAGGUACUCUCCAAAGCAUUCGGAAUUCAUCCCCUAACCGCCGAAGAUAUCCUACUUCAAGAAGCGCGAGAAAAAGUCGAACUUUUUCACAACUACUAUUUUGUUAAUUACAGAUCUUUUGAGCAAGAUACAAACAACAAGGACUUUUUGGAACCCGUAAAUAUGUAUGUAAUUGUAUUUCGAGAGGGUGUGAUCAGCUUUCAUUUUUCAUUGACACCACACCCUGCAAAUGUUCGCCGUCGAAUUCGGCAGCUCAAGGAUUACUUAAUUCUAUCCUCUGAUUGGAUCUCGUACGCAAUUAUAGAUGAUAUAACAGAUGUUUUUGCACCCUUAAUUCAAAGUAUCGAAGAUGAAGUCGACGAUAUCGAUGACGCCAUCCUCAUGCUACACGCUCCUCUCUCUGAGUCCAAAUCAAAGAAAGGUGAUGAAAAAGGCUCGGAAUCUGGUGACGCUACCAUUGUGGAGAGCGGUGGCGAUAUGUUACGACGAGUGGGUGAUUGUCGAAAAAAAGUAAUGAGUUUAUAUCGGCUUCUGGGUAACAAAGCAGACGUUAUUAAAGGCUUUGCUAAGCGAUGUAAUGAGCAUUGGGAUAUUGCACCUCGUAGUGAGAUUGGGUUAUACUUAGGAGAUAUCCAGGAUCAUAUUGUGACCAUGACUGGGAAUUUGUCACAUUACGAAAAGAUCCUGGCUCGCUCCCAUGGUAAUUACCUCGCUCAGAUUAAUAUCAGAAUGAACGAAAGACAAGAGCAGACAGCAGAUGUACUUGGAAAGCUCACAGUUUUAGGAACUAUUGUGCUGCCCAUGAAUAUUAUUACCGGUUUAUGGGGGAUGAAUGUCUGGGUACCCGGCCAACAGGCGGAGGGUGACCUAACUUGGUUUUGUUGCCUUUCAGCUGGACUGAUCUUCUUUGGCUUGAGUUGUUUUAUGAUUGCCAAGAUUCUCUAUCGGAUAGUUUGA